GACGAAGAAAUUCAUAAGUAAUGCGUUAUUAUCCGGGCGUGUUUCUAAUUUCAAGAUCAAUUUCACCAUUAAACUUAUUUCUGGGCUUCAGAUUGCUGUGAAGAGGGGUGACUGUUUCACAUGUCUGCGUGGUUCUGACUAUGCUGCUCUUGGUGGCGCUGGACAUAGUUUUUUCCUCCCUUGUGGUGACCGCUGAGACGGCUGAGAACGUCAACUACGGCAGGAUCUCCCUGCCGUCAGAACACGUACCGUACUUCCUCCACAACAACAAGAGGGUCGCCAAACAAUGCCGACUGGACCAACACUGCCCUUUUAAAGAUGCACUACAGGAUCUGUCUGCCUGUUGGGGUUAUGAGAAGAACUGUGAUCCAGAGAAGCGCUUUAGCUAUCCUGUCUGUACCAAAGCUGACUCUGCAUGGGCGCGUUCACUGGAAGCGGCCCAGGAGCUUUUCUGGAAGCAGGCUGAUUUUGGCUACGUCAAAGAACGCCUAUCUGAGCUUAAAACGCUCUGCAAGGCCAGCAAGCCUGGUGAUUCAUCAUUAAGAUGCGGUAGCCACACUAGAUUCUGUAAGGCAACAAAUCUUUACCUGGACUUGCGGGAGCCGCGCAGAAGCCAUGACAGAUACAAAGAAGAUUUUAUGCAGGCGGGUGAGAUUGGUGGACACUGCAGAUUGAACAAGCAAGCACUUGCUGCUGAGGGAGAACACAAGAGCCCCUUGCAAUCAUGGUAUGCUGAGCUCCAGUCGUACACAGAGCUGGAUUUUCACCCCAUAGAGGACGGACAUUGUGACAUCAUAAUUGAAAAACCAUCUGUUUUCAUGAAACUGGACGCUGGAGUGAACAUGUACCACCAUUUCUGUGACUUUGUCAACCUCUACAUUUCUCAGCACAUUAACAACUCCUUCAGCUCAGAUAUAAAUAUCAUCAUGUGGGACACGAGUUUCUAUCGUUAUGGAGACCUGUUCGUUGAAACGUGGAGGGCCUUCUCAGACUAUGACAUCAUUCACUUGAAGACCUAUGACUCAAAAAGAGUAUGUUUCAAGGAUGCUUUUUUCUCCCUUCUCCCGAGAAUGAGAUAUGGCCUUUUUUACAACACGCCCCUCAUCUCAGACUGCUACAGUGAAGGGAUGUUCAGGGCCUUCUCCCAGCAUGUCCUCCAUCGACUGAACAUCCCACAAGACAAACCGGAGGAGGGGCGUGUUCGUGUCACCCUGCUGGCACGCAGCACAGAAUACAGAAGGAUACUAAACCAAGUGGAGCUGGUGAACGCCCUCAAGACGGUGCCUUUGCUGGAGAUCAGUGUGGUGGACUACAAAUACAAGGAUGUUCCCUUCCUGGAGCAGCUGAGGAUCACACACAACUCUGACAUCUUUAUAGGGAUGCAUGGCGCAGGUCUCACCCACCUCCUCUUCCUCCCUGACUGGGCUGUCAUCUUUGAGCUAUAUAACUGUCAAGAUGAGAGCUGCUAUCGAGAUCUGGCUCGGCUGCGCGGCAUACGAUACGUGACUUGGCAGAAAAUGGACAAAGUGCUCCCACAGGACAAGGGUCACCACCCCACCCUCGGGGACCAUCCAAAGUUUACCAACUACUCCUUUGAUGUGGGAGAGUUCAUGCGCCUGGUCCUGGAGGCUGCCAAUUACGUCACACACCAUCCUAAAUGGCCACGUCGCGUUCUUCACAAUGAACUCUAGCGUCUCCAUGAGCGGAGGGGAUGACAGACAUCUGGCUGCCGAACGACCUUUAACUCGAGCCUCCCUUUUGCUGCGGGAAAGAAAAAGUCCUCGUCACAGUGGCAGAGUAAAUUUUAAAGUAUUUUUAAAAGUUACCCAAUUCACCAACGAGUCUGAGACGUGUGGCGGGUUACUUGUCACCUCCCGUCCACAGCUUUGAUAGUCCCCGGAAGAGUAAAAGCAGGACGGCGGACAGCUCAAGUCUGAAUAGCUUUCACUAGCUUUAUUAGUGUCAAAUGAGCUGAAGGACUAGGCGCGUGCAGUCGAAGCAUCUGGACGGAUGCGUCCUAUGUUUCUUCAUUACCUCCACUGCGUCUGCUUCAUUCCACGCCGUCAAAGUUGGCAAAUGAGCAGCUGUUAGGGCAUUCCUUCACAGGCGACGUCUUGUCCCAUUUGAUCAGUGUCACGUUGAUGCGAGCCUCUUCAGACUUGUUGACAAUCGCAGUAGAGUUUCCGGGCACAUCCAGCACGAACCAGUCUAACAUGUGCAGUAUUCACACAUGUAGUUGCAGGCGUACACUUGCAACAUAGUUGAAAUCAUGUAGUUUUAAGGUAUCGCACAUAAGAGAAGGAAUGUGAGUCACCCCUGCAGAGAGGGAUUUUCUCCUAUAUCAGUAUUAGUUUCGUGUGUGUUUACAUACAGGAAGAUGUGUGAACACAUUGCUGGUAAGUACUGUAGAACUUAAUGUACAUUCACGUUUAAGCAACACUCCAACAGUUAAAUGGAUUUUUCAACUCUAACUUUUACAGCUGCAUCGUAUUUAAAGUCGUCUUUCUUUUACAUUCGUCACAUUCACUACAUCAACUUAUAAAUGUGUCGGUUUGAUGGACUAACAUUUGAUACAGAUGCUUGAUGUAUUAUGAAUUCCUUUGCAUUUUACCAAAGGGAAUGUCAGCGUGGUCAAAUGAAGAGGGUGCUGCUAUUUAUCCAUUACCGUUCCUAACGCCUUUUGAGUAGUUUUAUAGUUUACAAUGAAUUUGUCAGAAAGGGAAUAAGCACAAUUUGCAUGCAGUCACACGCAAUGCACAUCAGUAUUUUGACCGAUCAUUUUCUCAUUUCUUGGCCUCUGUGUCAGCUUGAUGUUUUAUUUAUCAAAGAAAGCGUGUUAGACUGAAUCAGGCCUUUUUAGUCUGCUUUGCUAGACUUGGCAAUUUCAUAUUCAAGAGCUGUGUAAUAUUUUGAAAUAAAUAAUUCCUUUAAAAACGCUGAA